GGAUCUGUAGAUAAGCCGCUUAGAAAAGUAAAAUGCUUUUAGAUUUAUGAAUCUCUGUUGAUUAACUUAGCAAUAGAUCUAGAUUAGUAGUCUAGUCCAAUACGAACUUAUUCAUUUUAUUUUGUACAAGUUUUGCUAUGAUGUGUAUUUCUUCUUCUUUUUGGAUUCCUGUUUUCUUAUAAUAUCUAUGCAUGUCACCGAAUCGAAAAUUCUCAUAAAAAAUACAUCAUAGAUCUAUUAAAUCUUUGUUAAAUUUAUAUUAGUGAUUUUUAUCACAUGUGAGCAGACACUUUUUUUUGAGUUAAGCUGUUUCGUUUAUUAAAAAACAAUGAACGGGAUAGAGUUUCUUGUGAGUCACCACACUUUGGUGCGCAAACAUUUAAAGGGAGAAGUCAUUCCCCACUUGACCUCUAGCGCCUUCAAAAGAACAAAGGAUGAAUUCAGCUCGAGAUUGUCCAGUCUUGAUGUAGCAGACAGUAGGACAGGGAGAGGGCAGCCGUCAUCCAGCGGGGUGGAGUUUAAACGGCAAAUGGAGCACCUCUCCCACUGUCUCCGCCAAUGGUCACACCAACAGAAAUGUUGUUUCCUGGAAGAACUCCUUCGUCACAGCUCCACUGUACAGAUCCAGUUUUUGUACACAGUUCUACAGCCAUCAGUGCACAGAGACUUCAUGUACACAAUGCGUACACGGUUCCCUGAGAUCGAGUUCUCUCCCAUUAGUACACACAUCACUAGACACAUCAAGAAAAGGCUACGCGAAGUGAAAAAACUGCGGUCAUUUUACCGCGUGGACAGCGCAUACAUCCAACAAGAUGAAGACGUGGCCAGGGUGAAGUUCCCUCCCUUGUUACACAAUAACUUCUUCCCGCCAAAGAAAAAGUACAUAGGCUUUGAUUAUUUCAAUCAUGAAGCUAAAAAGUCACGUGGUCACAACACGGAAACAGACGAUUCACUCAGUUCAAACAAAAUGUCUUCCAACUUUUCUUCAACUCUCUCUCUUGAUCGAACGCCACGAAACAAGAAAACGGACAGCAUGAAUGAUACAAAUGUUUCCAUGAGUGAUACAGUUACCGUGUCGGUAUUAAAUCUACCCACAGAAGCUAAAGAGCUACUCAACUGUUACAGGCACAGAUGGACUGAUAGUAAAAGGAAUGAAUUUCUCGAGCAACUGAUUCUGUCACUAGACCCACGCCAAAUUUACUUUGUCUCUAAAUAUCUGUCUUUCAAGCAGCAAAAAGACUUAGUCGGUCUACUUCCAAGGAAACUGGCUCUCAAAAUUUUGUCCCACUUGAGUGUUCGUCAACUGCUUAUUGCCUGCAAGGUAAGCAAACGCUGGCACAGCCUAGCUAGCAGUAACACCCUCUGGAAGGCCAAAUGCCAGGAAGUGACCAUACAUGUUCCUAUCCCCUCCAAACCGAACUGGAAGCUAGUCUACAGAGACAACUGCCACUUGAGAUAUAACUGGAACAACGCUCGCUAUCAAUCUCUGGAACUGGUCGGUCAUACACAAAGUGUCCAGUGUGUGACAUGUUACGGAGACAAAGUCGCCACCGGCUCCGCUGACCAGACCAUCAUUAUUUGGGACAUCCACACCGGAGUUAUGGAGCAGACGUUGACCGGCCACAGCAAAGGAGUCUGGUGUGUCCAGUUCUUCACCAAACAUCUUCUCCUCAGUGGUUCGUUUGAUACCACAAUCAGGAUGUGGAAUCUCAGGACUGGACAGACCACUCGAACGUUCUUCGGACAUAAGAAUCAAGUCCUGUGUCUCAAAUUACGCGGGACUGUGAUGGUAUCUGGAUCCCAAGACAAAAUGGCCAAGUUGUGGGAUGUAGGUCGAACUUUACUCGUUCAUACACUAAGUGGCCACUCUGCUGCUGUCUUCAGUGUGGACAUGUCCGAGGACUGCCAGGUCAUAGUGACUGCUGCCGGUGAUAAGACUGUACGACUAUGGGACAAGAACUCUGGUCAGCCUAUAAAAUGUGUCUGGGUGAGUCCGAACAACAGUAUCAUGACCAUCAGUUACAGUCAGGGCUAUUUCGUCUGCGCCUAUGACUUGACCAUCUGUCUCUACAAGGGAAGUAAGGUUGUCCGAACAUUUGAUGAGCACAGACAGAGAGUGGAAAGUGUGAAAUUGAUAAUUACUGAUGCAGACAAUGGAGAAGGUUACUUGGUCAGCGCUGGUCAAGAUGGACUCAUUAAAUACUGGUCUUUAACUGAGGACCAAAGUCUCCAGACAUUGUCUGGCCACCAACAAGCCAUCAAUUCAAUUUUCGUAGACGAAGUGUAUCUCGCUUCUGCUUCAUCCGAUAAAACUGUCAGAGUGUGGAAUUUUAACGUUGGCAUUGACUAUCAAAGUUGACAACAGUGUCUUUCUUAGUAUAGUUCCAUGCCAUGGUUGUACCAUCUAUCUUGCUUUGUAUUCAGUCAUGUUAAGUGUUGUCAAUUUAAACGAUUUCAUCGAAGUGUAUGUAUUGUAAUGACACAAUAGAAAGACGCGUAGAAGUUUGGGUUUAAUUGGGUUUCUCCGUAGUGACGUGACGAAUCAUAAAAAAAAAAUAAGAACAGAAAUAUAGAAUCAACGGACAAGGACGACCGAGCUAAAUAGACAGGGGCGAACUGGCUAUAUGGGCAUUCGGGCAAAUGCCCGGUGGGCCGAUACCUUAAUGUGCCGUUAGGGUCACUUGAAGGGUCUCAUGAAUGCCACUAUAUAACGCAUUAAAUUGUACAAAGUUUAUAUAAUUCUCUUAUAAAAAGCCUUCUGAGCGUCGUGUUUAAAAAAGAAACCUUUUACAGACUCAACAGUGUAACGCUAAAUUAAAUCUAACACAUUUUCCGAAAUAAUGUAAUAGUCUACAUCCGUAGACAGUGCUACUAGUAGGCUUCAUCCUUUAAGGGCCCACCCUUUAAGCGAUUAUAAAGCAAAUUAAGGAAUAAGGCCUACUAUAUUUCUUUUGAAAAUACCAUUGCAUUAUGCGUUUAGUUAUCAAUACAUUAUCAAACUUAACAGAAUGAUUUUGAGGACAGGUGGACCUAGAAAUGGAUGUCCAUCAUAUGAUAUACAAUUUGUGGGCCGAAUGUAUAGAAAUGCCUGGGCCGAUUUAACACCCAGUCCGCCCCUGUAAAUAGAUGACGUAGACUGUGGCCCUUUUUAUUCAAUAAAUUGUUUUGCAGUUACCAGCAGGAGUUAUUCAGUUUAUCUACUAACUGUUCUGUUGUUGAUUGUAUUUUCUAACUCGCGUCCACAUCUACAUUUAUCAACACAUCGACCAUCAAACAGGAAUGGCGACCCCCGAUCUGACGACACCUACAGGCGAGGUCGUCAUUUCAAACAUUAGUAAGCCAUAUUCGGAUACAGGACUUUGAGGACGGGAAUACUUGGCUGACAAGAAUGUUGAUAAUGCCGGGCACCGCUUUUUAAAAAAAUAUAUAGCGCUACUUUCAUGCUUAUAGCAUGCUCAGAGCGCUUUUGGUCCAAUCUCAUUUGUGGACCAGUUGGGGGGGGGGGGGAGGUGAGGGGGUAUCUAGGAGUUGGCUUUCCGUGCUGCCUCAAGGCGCUCAGUAAACACAACUCUUCCCGAGUCGUGUGUCGAACCUCGAGCCCCCUUCUAGGUAGCCAAGCCAAGCCAGGUUCAAGCGCACUUGGCCUCUUGACCAUGCUUAUAAUAGAUAUUACUACGUAAGCCAGGGCUAGGUCAUCCUAACCUAGCUCGGUUUUCAGUAUGCGACUGUCUAUAAUUCUAUAUCUUUGUCAAAUAUUACUUUUCGUUGUACCAUAAGUUGUUGUUUUUUGUUAAUUAAUUGAAAAACAGCUUUUUAAGUUGUUUUGUUUUUUAAAUCGAAUUUUAUAUCAAGUGACUGCGUCUUUCUGGUCAAAAUCAUUAACACGUUAUUUCUCCUACUUCUCAUUCUCGGAUGAAGUUGAAACUUUGCACAAUUAUUCAGUGUCAAUAACAACACACGAAUCAACAAAAAUUAACCAAACGUUGUACUUAUAUCAGUUUGUUUUAUAUGGAAAAUGCACUAAAUCGGCGACGGACGACUCGUGACAAUAAUCAAAAUAAUGUAGAAAAUUAGGCCCUUCGUUAAAAAUUUUAAAUUAAUUUUUAGAAGUACUUGGAUAGCUCAGUGGCAAAACACGUUGGCCUGACAUCUUGGAGGCUAGAGUUCGAUUUACGACUCGAUCGGACUUUUUUUUUUUUAGAGGACGGAAGCAUUCUCCCAGAUGUGUGAUUGCAUGAUUGAUUGAAAAUAAUGAAUGCAAUGUCACUCAAUAUAAGCAAUACUUUUUUUUUAAAUUAAAGUUUGUUUUAUAUUUAGCUUGUUGUUUGUUUGUGUUUAAGUGAAAGGAUUUGAGACGGGAGAAGGUUUCAAUAGUUCAACACAUGGAUCCUUCUGCUGCUCCUUGCCUGUUUUCAAAGUACACUUUUGGAAUGUAAAUAAUUGAUAUAUUUUGAAAUUAUUCAAUUUAACUUAUGAUAAUUUUUUUCCUUACUGUUUGCAUAUUUAUGUUUUAAGAUAUCUAAAAGUGUUUCCUGCAAAAUGACGAAGAAAUAAUGUUAACAAUAAAACGAA